UAUAUCUGUUCCUCUAGUAAACCCUGACUGAUACAGUAUGUCAGCGCGUGGUGAGCUUUCAGAGUUAAAUCUUGAGGUGACCCACUUCAAAUUACUCCAUACACUGAAUUGUCAUUGGCUUGUUCUUUCUUGGCACGAAACCGGUGGACUGUUGGAUAAGGUGAGCAAUCUUUGGCCGUGAAGACAACUGGCUCAUUCCAAAGUCCUCAAGUGUGACCCACGGGGCCUUCUGUUCUGGUCCAGAGGCGCACGGUAUGGCCAGGCCUGGGCUGGACCCUUCUCCUUCUCUGAGGUAAGGGGUUGUCUCUGUGGGAGACCGAGUCCGGAGUAAUCUGAAUUUCCCCGAUAUCCGAUUUCCAGUAAAGUGGGAAGGCGGUGCCCGCUCUGGAAAGCCAGGACAAGCUCUGCUGAAAUGCUGUUAUCCCCUUGACUGGGUUAGGUUCGUACCCUGGGAGGAAACCUGGCCUUGAAAGAGCCAAGGCUGGACCGGGUCAUUUCUGUACCCUCAGGCAGCGUUGAACACCGGCCCUGUCACUCAGGCCUUAGGGGGCGGGGUUUGAUAACCAGGGUUUCCGGGAAGCAGGGCGGGACUGCAGGAACCGCCCAAUGAGGAGCGGCCGUGAUGCAGAGGCGCCGCAUGGGGGAUCUGCACUUCCGGGGCCGCCAUAUUUAGGCUCUUGCCGUACUGGGGGUCUUGUUCGUUUCUAAGAGAGUCCCGGGUGGGCUGAGCUCCGCUGCCCCGUGACGGCCACCGACUUCAGGAGCUGCGGGGAAGACGCCGGGAGACGGAAAAUGGAGUCAGUGACCUUUGAAGAUGUGGUUGUGAACUUCAGUCAGGAGGAGUGGGCUUUGCUGGAUCCUUCUCAGAAGAUUCUGUACAGAGCAGUGAUGCAAGAAAUCAUUAGGAAUCUGGCAUUCAUAGAAUACAGAUAUGGAGACCAGAUUAAUGAAGAUGAAAACCAAAAUCUCAGGAAAAAUUUAAGAAGUAACAUGUUGGAGAGGUCCUGUGAACAUAAGGAAGAUCAUCAAUGUAGAGAAAUGUGCAGAUACAUAGAUCUUCAGACUUCAGCUCAUAAGUUGAACAACAAAACUCCUGGAAUGAAAUCAUGUGAAGGCCAUGUAUGUAGAGAAGUCUUCAUUGACCAGUUAUGCCAAAAUAUGCCCCUUAGAGCUCAUACUGGACAGAAACCAUAUGAGAAUCAGGAAUGUGAAGAGAAGCUAUGUAAAUGUAAGGAACCUGGAAAAGCUUUCACUUAUGAAUCCUUUCAGAAGCAUAAAAAGACAUGUACUGGAGAAAAACCCUAUGAAU